AUGGGCCGCGCUCUAUCCAGCUCGGACAUCAUCGACAUAAGCAAUUGUCGGGUACCCGACAUGUCGCCCAAUCCGCUGAGCGGCCUCUGCUGGCAGUGGACUCAAGACGACCUCCGGUUGGACUUGCUUCGUUCUCAACAUGCCGAGCGCCCUCCGCCGAGAAUGAAUCUCAAAACGCUGUUGCUUUCCGGAGACGCACGGACGCUGCGCGCAAUGGCGGAAUGGCCUCUGCCGCGCAACGCCCUCGACAAUCUACACACGCUCGACGCUCGUCCUGGAUGUCUACGAGCUCGAACAGGACGCGGAUACCUGGAGCGUUCUGCUCACGGCUGCCAUGGGUUCGGUGCGCUUGCCUCUCCACCACGGCCAACAAAGCUUCUCUUCCAAAAUUUCCAGGGGCCGCGGGGGGGUCGAACGCGCGUCCAGCGCACGACUGGCCGUUCUUGGGCGCUUCCAUUCGUUCUCUGUCUAGAUCACUAA